UUGGGUGUUCGCGCGACCAGCGGCGCCGGACCCGUCGACGGACCGACUGAGGAUGCAGAUGAUGGCCAAGAAGGACGCCGACGUCACUACCUACGAGAGCCUCGACACGGACGAUGAGGAAGACCACGACCGCCUCCUGCGCAAGCAGCACGAAGCGAAUGGCGGCGUGGGCCUUGGCCUUGACGAAGCCAAGCUGGGCGCGCCGUCGCCGGUCCGCCGAGGCUUUGUGCGCAUCUACUUUGAGAGCGACAACUUUACGUCCUCAACCGUGCUCCGCGUCGAAGAGCAGACGCUCGUGCGCGACGUCCGCCAAACCAUGGCCACCAAGCUCCACGUCUCGCGCAAGCAGCUUGAGUACUAUGCGAUUCUCAUGGUCUUUGCCAGCGGCAAGGGCUCGUCCAUGUCGGCGCGGACGCUGCAGGAUGAAGAGUCCAUCUUGCAGGCCCAAGAGCAAUUCCAUGCCGAACGACAGUCGCUGCCCGAGAUUUCGCUCGAUCACAUGGGGCCCGUGCGCGUCAAGCCCCGUCACCGCGCCCGCCAAACGCUCAAAUUUGUCUUCAAGGACACGCGCGCCAAGCCCAUCGACUUGGACGCAGACUUGGAGCCGCGUACAAGCAACACCAACUCGCAAGACACUGUGUUUGCGUUUCCCCAAAAGCUCGGCCAGGGGAUGCGAUCUGGCACGCUCAAGAAGGCGAGUCUCAAGGACGCCAAUGUCUGGCGUACGCGCUGGUUUGUCCUCAAGGAAGACAAGCUGUUUUAUUGCAAAUCGGAGAUGAACCAACGCGAUAUCACUGCGAUUCCGCUCCUGAAUUCGUGCAUUGUCAAGGCUGACGUGCAAAUCCCGCACUGUUUUGAGCUCCAUACGUCGCGUCGCGUCUACCGCCUGUGCGCCGGCAGCGACGACCUCAUGGUGGCGUGGAUCCAUGCACUUCACCGGGAAAUCCGGCUCUGCAGUGAGAACCAAGCGCUCUCCAAGGCCGAGAUCAUCAUUGUCGACGAGACGGUCACGACGUGCGAGCUGCAGAAUACCGCGACGCCGUUUGCCGUCACGGGGAUAUUAAGCAACCCUGUCCUUCGCAAGCUCUUUCGCGACUACAUUGUCCAGCACGUCGCGGCCAAGACCGUCCUCCUCGACACGUGGACCGAGUGCGAGGCGUUUCGCCAUAAUGGCAUUACGCGGUAUCAGCACCACAUUAAUCCGUCGGUGACCAACCCGACGCUGCGUUCGACGGCGCGGGACGAGUGGGAGCACGUCAAGACCAUUUUGCUCCAGUAUUUGCCGGCGUCGCAAAAGGCCGGCGCCGAGCUCAGCGAUGUCGACAUGGACGUGUGCCGGACGGCGUUCCAUGAGAGUCAAAAGAAUCGCCGGUUGAGUAUUGCGAUGGACACGGAAGCCAACAAUUUGCUCGAGAAUUACCCGUCGCCCCACCUUUUUUACCGCGUGCAGCACGACGUGCUCCGCGCGCUGGAAGAAGGACCGUUCCGGCAUUUCAUUGCGGGCAAAGGCUACAUGAUGAUUGUGGACCGCAUGAUCCGGCGGUAGACAUAUUUUCACUCAAUUCAUGUCGUGGAAAAUUCGA